AUGGAAAAGCUAUUAGUUUAUUUGGAACCAAAAACUUUCAACAAAAUUCCCUUUGGGGUAGUGGUUAUUUGGAGCGUGAUUAGUGUCAUCUUCCUUGUUAUAUUCGCCGACAUGGAAUACAACGAACCCAGGUUUGAUUUCAACUGUGGCGGAGCGAAAAGUGAAAACAUCAAAGCCGUCCAGGGAAAAUGUUACGAGAAAUACGCGAAGCAACAAAACAAACUCAGUGUUCCUGUUUAUGGCUUCGUAAUCACGAAUUUCGUCCUUAUUAUAUCUGCAUGUGUUAUCUACUCCCUAAUAGUAAGACCAACAGUCAAUCGACUGUCGCCAAGCAGUCGUGACGGUGAUUCAGAGGGACAGCCGUGCGACCAAGGGAACGCAUUAUCGACGGGAUAUAAGCUUUUUAUCGCUUACUGCUGUCAACUAUUCACUAGACUUGUUUUAGGAGUUCUUUUCAUCAUCCUACAAACUCAGUUACUUUAUCCUUUAAAGUUUUCCUCCAAGUUUGACUGCAAUUUAACCGAUGGAACCACUCAGCCAAGGAAUUCAACUAACAACGCCCAACACUCGACUUUAUACGAUUGUCACAAUCAACGAGCGGCAAAGAAAACCUACUGGAUGUACGCUGCCCUUGGUGUGAAUGGAAUUCUUGUCGUUACUAUUCUGGUUGAAAUCGUUUACCUUUUUUCACGGGCAUGCAUUGAAAGGAGUUUCAUGCAAGACUCAAUGUUUCUUAAAACCCACUUCGGUCUCAACCAACACCUAGAUGGAAGGGACGAAACAAUUCCACUCACUGAAACAGACACUGAAGAACUCCAAGAACGAAAGUUUCACGAAUUCAUCAAAUGCAAAAAGGAAAUUAUUAUUGAGGAGACCGAAGAACUUUUCGAACUACAAUCACCUUUUUCAGGUAAUCCAGGCGAAAACACAACAGUUAAACAUUUGACUUUGGAUCAAAUUUACACAAAUCUUGUUGUGAUUCCGAACAGAGCUACGUAUGACUUUACUGAAAACAGAGAGGAACAGCUCAAAAUUUAUCCAAGGUCGCGCGGGAAAAAAUCACAACCGAAAAGCUUGGAAGGCCUCCUAAAUGUUGAAAAUAAGAAAGUGUUAAUCGUCGGUCGAGCAGGAAUCGGCAAGACAUUAUGUUGUACCAAACUUGUCAGAGACUGGGCAUUAAAUAAAGUUUUUCAAGCGACAGCUGGAGGCAAAAUCCAUUUUGAUGCCGCUUUCCUCGUGAAAUUCAGAAGAUUCAAAUCGGAAAACGACCUUAGCCUCAAGGAACUGUUAAUUCAGUCCGAGUAUUUCCCAACAGAUCAGCUAGAUGACGAGGUCUGGAAUCACCUGCUUGAGAACCCCAAAGGUGUACUCAUACUUUUUGACGGAUUCGACGAAUUUAAACAUGACGCAAACGUGGUCGGGGCGCCUCUUUAUCCCAGAAGCAAUGAAGAGAAAAAGCCGCUCCAAAUCCUUUAUCAGUGGCUUGUGACCGGGAAACUCCUAAAAGAUGCCUCAAUUGUGACCACCACGAGACCUACGGCUUUGUCGAGCAUCAAACACCUUUCGUUUGACAAAACUUACGAGGUUCUAGGAUUCUCAUCUGAACAAGUUGAAGAAUAUGUAUUCAAAUUGGCCGGAGAUGAAAAGGCAGUGGGCGAAACACUAUGGCGACACAUCAGUAGCAACUUGAAUUUGCUCUCGCUGUGUUAUGUCCCGGUCAACAGCUUUAUCAUCGGCACAAGUCUGUUAGAAAUCAAGCGAUUACAAGAGUCCGAAAGUUCCGCUGACUUUACCCUCCCUUCCAAAUUAACAUUGAUAUACAAUAUUGCAGUGAAAGUGUUUUAUUUUAAACAUACAAUAGAAUUGUGCAAUAUUUUGUUUCCUCUCGAACAUAAUUUGCCCAAAGAUGUACUGGAGAAGUUCAAGAUACUAGGAAAAGUAGCCUUUGACGGAAUCAAAGAUGGAAAACUGAUCCUUGGAGGAAACGAGAUACAAGGAAUGGGAGACAGCGCUCUUUUUCAUCGCUUACCCGACCGUAAAACUGACACGCUUAAUCUUGAACCACAAUUCUGUUUCAUUCAUUUGACAAUGCAAGAGUUUUUCGCUGCGAGGCACUUGGCGAGCGACUUGAGUGAAACAGUAUUAAGAAACUUUGUUUCCGAGAACAUUAAGAACGGUAAAUGGCAGCUGGUUUUUCAGUUUCUGGCAGGACUUAUGGAGGAUAAAGUUCACCUACCAAUUGAAAUUAUCACGGACCUUCUUCCUGUGAAAACUGAAGAAAGAGAAAGCGCAGACUACAACGAACAGUGGACAGAGAAUGAAGAGAAAAGAAAAGUAACCUGCUGGCCGACUGAAGACGAACGAGAAUUAGCAGUAACAUUAAUUAAAUGUUUAAACGAAAAUAGAAGAAUGAAGUCAGAAGCACAGAGAAAACUUAAACAAAUGAACUUUAAUUGUGUAAAUUUUUAUCGUUGUCACAUCACAGCUGUUGAUUGCUCUUCGUUUGUAAAUGUAAUUAGUGUUCGACAAAUUUCACAUUUAGAUUUGAAAUUCAAUAACAUUGAUCCAUUA